GAGACAUUCACCGUCCGGAAAGCCUACAGUCAAACUAUUCUCAACCAAAGAAUGCACCCUGUGUCACGAUGUCGUUGAGGAUCUCAAGCCUUUCAGGGACAGAAUCAAUCUGGAAUUUGUGGAUAUUGCCCAGAAGGAUAAUGUAAAGUUCCUAAGGCUCUAUCGCUAUGAUAUUCCUGUGAUAUUUCUCAAUGGGCAUUUUGUCAGUGAGCAUAGACUGAAUUUAGAACUUUUCCAGAGGAAACUUGAAGAAAUUGAACAGGAUAUGGCAUGAAGGGCAUAAAGGAGGAGUCGGCUCCAAUCGCCGAUGCCCGAAAGCAGGGAGAGUAUCGUCGAGGUCGUGAGUCGCCGGAAAGUGGCUCAGUUUGAAUUUGUUGCCAGCGUUGUUCGCACACAAGUCUCAAUAGCUCCGUGCAUCCUGAACAAAUCUCAAGCUGAAAAAGCUACAAAUUACGAAAAGAGAGUUAUUCAAAAGAUUCUAAAGUGGUUUUUAAAAGAAAGGAUUUUGGUGAAUUUAAUUUAAAUCCCAAAUACUUAAGUGAAUCGAUAUUUUUUUUUUCAAAGAAGUGAUUAAUUUUCUUUCGUGGACUUUCAAUUUAAAAAAAAAAUCAAUUGCGGGAUUUUUUAAGAACUUCUGGAGGAUCUUUUUUGUGAAAAUAUGGCCAGUACUCUUGUGGUAUCAUCCCCAAAAGUAAAGUACACGGAUGAAUAUAUUGAGGCAUCCUAUGACUACAGCAAUACAAUCGUCAAUCGUCUCUCCGAUGGAACUCUAGAAGUUGAGCCUCAGGUGACAUCUCUCAAGAUUCGCACUGAGCGUCGAGUUCCUCGUUUGGGCGUGAUGCUCGUUGGCUGGGGAGGAAACAAUGGAUCAACGCUAACAGCGGCUCUUGAAGCCAAUCGAAGACGUUUAGUUUGGCGUACACGAACCGGGCAGCAGGAAGCCAAUUGGUUCGGCUCCAUCACGCAAUCAUCGACCGUGCUUCUAGGCACAGAUCAACAUGGACAGGACGCAUAUGUGCCCAUGAAUCAGAUCGUACCGAUGGUCAAUCCGGACGAUAUCGUGAUUGAUGGUUGGGACAUUAGUUCCAUGAAUCUCGGAGAUGCUAUGCAGAGGGCCAAGGUGCUGGAUGUUGCUCUGCAGGAUCAGGUGUACAAACAACUGUGCCUGCUGAAGCCACGUCCAGCCAUCUACGAUCCUGACUUUAUUGCUGCAAAUCAGAGUGAUAGGGCAGAUAAUUUGAUCCCAGGAACGAGAUUUGAGCAGUAUCAGCAAGUGAGGCAGGAUAUCAGGGAUUUUCGUCAUGCUACUGGCGUUGAGGAAGUAAUUGUGCUCUGGACAGCCAAUACUGAGAGAUUCUCUGAAGUUUCCCAGGGGCUCAAUACCACAGCUGAAGAGUUAGAGAGGAGCCUGAAGGCGAAUCGCAGCGAAAUUUCACCAUCAACGAUUUUUGCCAUGGCCAGUAUUGCCGAAGGUUGUACCUACAUCAACGGAUCUCCGCAGAAUACCUUUGUUCCGGGCCUUCUGGAGUUAGCUGAUCGUCAUGGGGUGUUCAUUGCUGGUGAUGACUUCAAGUCUGGUCAGACGAAGCUCAAGUCAGUGCUGGUGGACUUUCUGGUUGGUGCUGGUAUCAAGCCGGUGUCCAUUGUGAGCUACAAUCAUUUGGGCAACAAUGAUGGCUUCAAUUUGUCGGCUCCACAGCAGUUCAGGUCCAAGGAGAUCUCCAAGAGCAACGUCGUCGACGACAUGGUGAGAUCUAACAGUCUUUUGUACGCAGAUAAGGAGCAUCCAGACCACACCGUGGUCAUCAAGUACGUCCCCUACGUGGGUGACAGCAAGCGUGCCCUGGAUGAGUACACCAGCCAGAUCAUGAUGGGUGGACACAAUACGUUGGUCAUUCACAAUACCUGCGAGGACAGCUUAUUGGCAGCACCGCUAAUUCUCGACCUGGUGGUCCUGGCUGAGCUGUGCUCUCGGAUUAAAGUGAAGCGCAAUGAGGCCAAUGCUCAGUUUGUGCCCUUCCGUUCGGUUCUGUCACUGCUGAGUUAUCUCUGCAAGGCACCUCUGGUACCCAAGAAUACUCCGGUGAUUAAUUCCCUGUUCCGGCAGAGGGCUGCUAUUGAAAAUCUCUUGAGGGCCUGCGUGGCUCUUCCGCCCAAUUCUCACAUGGCUCUUGAGCAUCGGUUCGAAUUGGGAAAUGAUGCUGAACCACCACGAAAGAGGUUGAAGGCCACAAAUGGUGUUGUUUCGAAUGGAACGAAGAAUUGAGACUUUUUCUGGUCCUUGAAGAAAUGUGGAUUCAAUUCAAUUUAAUGUGGAUUAAAUCAAUCCUGAAUACCUUAACAGUUUUUUUUUGGAGUUUCAAAUAUAUUUUUGAAACGAAAAGAGAAAUAUUGGACAUUAUUUUUUUUUUAAUUAUUUUAAUUGGACAUUCCUUUUAUUUUGAACUAAAAUUGAAGUUAAUUGGAAACUUGUACGCAAUUGUAAUCGAAGAAGGGAGAAUGCGUAUGUUUUGUAUGAAAGAAAAAAAAAUUGACGAAAAAUUGUGGAAAUUCUCGGGUAAUUUUCCUUUUAAAUUAGUCUGUAAAUAUUCAUGUCUAACAAUGUUUUAUGGUAGUUUUAUUCCUUGGCGAGAGAAGAAAUCGAAUUUGAAAGAGUUGUAUUUGUUUUUUUGAAUUGUACGAAAUCGAAUUAUCGGAUUUUUAUCGAUCAGAGUCUCAGGGAUGUCUCUGAGAAAGAAAAAACAAGUAUCACUGAAUUAAAGAAACCAAUGAACUGAUCUUGAAAAAAAAUGGAAAAGUUAUGUCUAAUCUUUUGAGAAAUAUAUUUAUGCCACCAAGGUAUUUAGAAUCUUAGACUUAAUAAACACGUAGAUAUUUGUAGUUGAUAUGGGUUUCUUUUUCGAAAAUGGUCCAUAUGGUCCAUAUAUUUUGUCAGAAGACCUUAUUCAGGAAAAAUAAAUUCCUUUUUAGUCCUAUUUGGGCAAUAUUUUGUGCAUCAACAUCAACUUUAGAGUAACAUUUUAAAAUAUUCACUCCCAGGCUAAAAAUUGUGUCAAAAGGCGAAAUAUGCGAAAGGUAAAAAAUAAUUGAACAAUGAUAGAAAUACAUCAAGUAAUUUAUCAAAUGUACCAGCAAAUUUCGACUGCAUGAAGGAAUUUUAGUCAAUAAAGAUAAAAAAAAAACAAGUGAA